UCCCGAUCCAAUCGAUUGCCAUCCCUAUUGACCACCCGACCGGAUUUAAUGAGGCGUACCACCCGGGGUUUAGGGUUUAAGCUUCUCAAUCGCUGAACUCAGGGAGGGAGCAACUAGCUAAAAAAUGGAAUUGCAAUCCGUCUGUGGCGGAAUUUCCUUUCCGAAGCUCGGAUACCAAACUCGCCACCACUCGACUAGUCGAAUUGGUUCUUCGUCCAUUCAAUUUGGGGCCAGAUAUGGGAGACCUCUAUUGGGCACCAUCUCGAACUGUACGUUCUGCUUCGAUGUUGAGGUUGCUUUGGUAAAUUGUUUUAUGAAACUCUUCCUUUACUUUCUCGCUCUGUUUUCAGCUGGUUCGAAGAAUGUAUUUAGGGGAAAUGAAUUGCGUGGCUUGAACAGAGGAAUUAUAUUGCGUGCUUCUAGCUCUAGUCAUCAUGCGGACGCCAAUUUGAAUCUUUCGGAGAAGAAAGGUUUUGGGCUGCCUGCUACUGGAACCUUUGAUGGUGGGUUUGAGCCAUUUCGGGGCAAAUCGGGUUCUGUAUCAUUCUGUGGAUUGACUCACCAGUCAGUGGAAGAAGGACGAUUGGUGUCAGCACCUUUCAAAGAGGACAAAGGUUCUUUCCUCUGGAUUUUAGGGCCGGUUGUCCUGAUUUCUUCUUUGAUCGUCCCCCAAUUCUUCCUUGGUUUCGCAAUCCAAGAACUCCUAAAGGAUGUUGUUCUUGUAGAGAUGGUGAGUUCACUGUCUUUUGAGGUAGGCUUCUACAUUGCUUUAGCAGCCUUUCUAAGCAUAACUGACCGAAUGCAAAGGCCUUACCUGGAAUUCAGUUCGAAAAGAUGGGGUCUAAUCACAGGCCUUAGAGGCUAUUUGACUUCAGCAUUCUUCACCAUGGGGUUUAAGGUCAUAGCACCACUACUUAUGGUAUAUGUCACCUGGCCCGUGCUAGGUGUGCCUGUGGCAGUUUCUGUUAUUCCAUAUUUAGCUGGAUGCAUAGCCCAGCGCGUGUUUGAGGCCAAUCUGGAGAAGCGAGGUUCAUCUUGUUGGCCUAUAGUCCCUAUCAUUUUCGAGGUAUACAGACUAUUCCAAUUGACCAAGGCUGCUCAAUUCAUCCAGAAGCUGCUGUUCACAAUGCAAGGGAUCCCCGAAUCUCCUGAACUGAUCGAAAGAGUGAAGGCUUUGAUUUCAGUGGGGGUGGCAUUCCAGUUCCUUGGUGUGGUUUGUCUCUGGUCAUUGAUCACGUUUCUUAUGAGACUGUUUCCUUCUAGGCCUGUUGCUGAGAAUUAUUGAUUAUCCGUUCGCUAAACUCAAUUUCUUGGGUCUCUCUACAACUAGAUAAUGUAGAUUAGGGGUUUAGUAGCGCUGUUGCUUUGUUCUUGGUGGAGGAACCAGGCAUAGAUCAGUAGAGGGUUUCUGGACGAGCAAAGUAUAGUGCUUCAAGUGACAUUUGUGGUCAGCUCAUUUUGUUCGCAUUUUUUAAGUUUUAACUGUUAGUUCCAGGCUACCAGCUUUGGCAUUGGGAUAUUGGGUUUGGCUGAAAUCAAAAUUUCAAGUUUGGCCUGAUACUCUUUAGAGCACACGGUCAAUGGCUACUCAGAGUUCACAAAAUUGUGUCGAG